AUGACCUGUUCAGAACCGGACCACACAAACAUGACCGAGGCAGCCAACGAGUCAUCCCCUCUUGUGGGACCGGAUCGUGAAGAUGAUGCAGAUAUUCGAUAUGAACCAAAUGAUAACCCUGUCCUACAUAGGGAGGAUACGUCGGAAACAAAGAGCAGUUUGUAUCUGUUCUUGUUAACGCUGAGUAUCGGGGGGCUACAAGUUGUAUGGUCUGUAGAGCUGUCGAGCGGGACGCCUUAUUUACAGUCUCUUGGGAUGAGCAAGGCUUUGCUUGCAUUCGUUUGGAUUGCAAGUCCACUGGCUGGGACCCUUGUACAACCCUAUAUCGGCAUUCGGAGUGAUAAUUGUCGCAUAUCGUGGGGCAAGAGAAAGCCAUUUAUGUUCGCUGGGGCCGCGGGAACUAUCAUUGCCUUACUGGCACUCGCAUGGGUGCAGGAGAUUAUGGGCGGGCUCCUUGGGCUUUUCGGCGCAGACCCUAAUUCUGGUGGUGUUCGGACGACCAUUAUUAUUGUCGCGACUGCCUUGAUGUGUUGUUUGGAUUUUGCUAUUAAUACUGUACAAGCCGGCAUCCGUUGCUUUAUCGUCGAUAAUGCACCAACCCAUCAGCAGGAAUCCGCAAAUGCAUGGGCCAGUCGAAUGACGGGCGUGGGAAAUAUUUGCGGGUUCAUCUUUGGAUACAUAGAUUUGCCCAACAUCCUACCUUUUCUGGGGAAGACGCGGUUCCAAAUUCUCUGCGCAAUAGCGUCACUCUUACUUGGAAUUACGCUGUUAAUCAGUUGUUCUUAUAUCAAGGAACGGGAUCCCCGGCUGGACAGUCCGCCUGCUUCGAGCAGUCUUGGUCUCGUCUCUUUCUUCGAGCAGGUCUUCAAAGCUAUCCGUCAUCUACCGCCGCAAAUUGCCAAGGUCUGCGAAGUUCAACUCGCAGCUUGGAUUGGAUGGUUUCCCUUCUUAUAUUACGCCACUACGUAUAUAGGACAGCUCUAUGUGAACCCCAUCUUCGAGGACCACCCCAACCCCUCUGACAAAGAUAUCGAUCAGGCUUGGGAAGAUGCCACCCGAAUCGGAUCUCUUGCGCUUCUCAUUUACGCAAUUGUCUCAUUCGUGGCCAAUAUCACAUUGCCUGUUUUGGUGGUUCCCUCGUACAAACCGAUUGUCGCCUCCGAUAGACAGCAUGGAGAGGGUCUUCUCGAAGGGGAAGAAGAGUCCGACACAGGAGCUCGAAGAAUGUCAGCAUCCAGCAUCCCCUAUGGAGCACCACUUGAGCAGCAACCUCAAGGCUCCAAGGCCAACAAGGACGGACCAGCAUGGCUCGCCUACCUGCAAAUCCCAGGCUUCACACUUCGACGAGCGUGGCUCAUUUCGCACGUGCUCUUUGCCGCUUGCAUGUUUAGUACCUUCUUUGUCUACACCCAUCAAGCCGGAUCAGCUGUCAUUGGGCUUCUUGGGAUCAGUUGGGCCAUGACGUUGUGGGCACCAUUUGCAUUGAUCUCUGCGGAGGUCUCACGAAUCGAUACGGCAUAUCGCAUCCGCCGAGUUCGUGCUGCAAGGACAGUCGCAGAGGGAUCUCGUGAUGCAGCCACAACGGCCGCUGAUAGACAUCGCUACUCUCAUCACGAUGAGGACUUGGAGAACGGUCAUGAAGUACCUCCUAUGAAAGCCCCCGGAAAGGAGGAUGAGAACCCAGCCCAGGCAGGCAUCGUCCUUGGUCUUCAUAAUGUGGCCGUCUCUGCGCCACAGAUCAUUUCCAGCUUGGUAUGCAGUGCAAUUUUCAAGACGUUUCAGAAACCACGGGGAGAACCCUGGGAUGACAGUGUUGGAUGGGUGUUACGGUUUGGAGGAGUUGCUGCGCUGGGAGCUGCGUAUCUGACUAGCCGGUUGACUGAGGGAGGGAGAUGA